UUGGUUCUGUAUUCUAUGGUGGUAGCUUAGGUAGAGUAACCGAUGAGCUGGUCAUUCGUGUUGUGCAGUGGAAUUAACCAUGUAUCCAUCUAUUAUGGAUUUUUAGUCAUUAUAAAGGGCAAUAUUCAAUAGGCAUCAGGUAGAAAGCAACGGAACAUGGUCAGCGUAUUCCAAAAAAUGUUUCAGCGCCUUUGGGGCAAGCAAAGUACAGCAGCCACGAUGUCGGCUGCUUCAAGUUUCAUCGAGCAAACGUUGGAAAAUAGCCCCGUUGUCAUAUUCUCGAAGAGUUAUUGCCCAUUUUGCAGAAAAGCAAAGCAAGUAUUUGAUGAACUCCAUGUAUCUUACGUUGCUGUCGAGCUUGACGGUAGGGCAGAUGGCAGUGAGAUUCAGAAUGUUUUGCGACAAAUGACUGGCGCCAGCACGGUCCCAAGGGUGUUCGUGAACAAGCAAUGCCUGGGUGGUUGUAGUGACUUGGAAGAAAUGUAUGGAAAGAACCAGUUACAAACACUGCUCCGGUCAAAUGGAUUACUGUAGUGAUAUGCAAAUUAACGAUAACAGGGUAUGAUCGUUUUUUCUGCUCAAUAUUUAAACAGGUCUGUAAUGAAAAUUUUGAAUAAAGCUUACACCAAUAUGA